CGUGCGCGGCCCGAGUCCCCGGGCGCUGCCGCCGGUGAGGGGACAGCGGCGGCUCCGCGCUCCCGGCGGCUCCGCUCCGCUCCCGGCUCAGGUCUUGCAUGCUGUGACACAAAGAUCUCAUCGCCCGGUGCGCUAUGUUCAUGUUUUGAAAUCAAGAUUGAUUAGCCAACACGAGAAGACCCAGCUGGUUAUGUGACUCAGAACCCUGUUUAUGAAGCACUCGCUCGUUUUUACAAGACAACUGUCCAGAGGAAGAAAUGACCAUGUAGAUUCUACAGCUUGGGUGCAACAUAAUGGGAAAUGGUGAAUGGAGUGGAGCUGGUCUGCAGCCUUGAGAGCAGCCGUUCUGUGACCUCCAGCCAGUCAGGGACACCCUCCACGCCAGAGGCAUCCUCCACCUCGCUCGCCGGACACACGCGGGAUUCUUUUUAAUUUCUCCGCUUGGAAUUCGAGAUUCCUCUCCUUCGGUUUUUAAACAGUUUUAAGAUUGUAUCAGCUACAACGAGUGGAGCAAUAUAACCAGCCACGAUGGGUGACAUGACAAAUAGCGAUUUUUAUUCCAAGAACCAAAGAAAUGAGGCCAACCAUGCAGGAGAGUUUGGGUGCACACUGCAGGAACUGCGCUCCCUCAUGGAACUCCGAGGGACAGAAGCAGUAGUAAAAAUUAAAGAGACUUAUGGGGAAACAGAGGGGCUCUGCAGACAUCUGAAGACAUCACCAACAGAAGGAUUAGCCGGCACUGCUGCAGACCUAGAAAAAAGAAAGCUUAUUUUUGGAAAAAAUUUUAUACCUCCAAAGAAGCCAAAAACAUUCAUACAGCUAGUUUGGGAAGCGUUGCAGGACGUGACUCUUAUAAUCUUGGAAAUUGCAGCCAUCAUAUCUUUGGGGCUUUCGUUUUAUCAGCCACCUGGAGAAGGGAAUGAAGGGUGUGGAACAGCAACAGGAGGAGCUGAGGAUGAGGGGGAGGCCGAAGCUGGCUGGAUUGAAGGUGCUGCCAUCCUCCUGUCUGUCAUCUGUGUUGUCCUGGUCACUGCCUUCAACGACUGGAGCAAGGAGAAGCAGUUCCGGGGGCUGCAGAGCCGCAUCGAGCAGGAGCAGAAGUUCACCGUGGUGCGAGGGGGACAGGUCAUCCAGAUCCCCGUGGCAGAGAUCGUGGUUGGGGACAUUGCACAGGUGAAAUAUGGUGACCUCCUACCUGCUGAUGGGAUCUUUAUUCAAGGAAAUGAUCUCAAAAUCGAUGAGAGCUCUUUGACUGGAGAGUCCGACCAGGUCCGCAAAUCCGUGGACAAAGACCCGAUGCUGCUGUCAGGCACCCACGUCAUGGAGGGCUCUGGGCGGAUGCUGGUGACUGCUGUGGGGGUGAAUUCCCAGACUGGCAUCAUCUUCACUCUGCUGGGAGCUGGGGGAGAAGAGGAGGAGAAGAAGGACAAGAAAGAUUCUUCCCAUCCCUCCUCCCACCCUCCUCCAGCCACAGAUGGUGCAGCAGGUGCAAAUGCCACUGAUAAUGCAAAUGCCAGCUUAGUCAAUGGCAAGAUGCAGGAUGGGAAUAUGGAGAACAACCAGAACAAAGCCAAGCAGCAGGACGGGGCUGCUGCCAUGGAGAUGCAGCCGCUGAAGAGCGCAGAAGGGGGAGAGGGAGACGACAAGGACAAGAAGAAAUCCAACAUGCACAAGAAAGAAAAAUCCGUCCUUCAGGGAAAGCUGACCAAGCUGGCAGUGCAGAUUGGCAAAGCAGGUCUGGUGAUGUCUGCCAUCACUGUCAUCAUCUUGGUACUGUAUUUUGCCAUUGACACCUUUGUGGUCAACAAGAAGCAGUGGUUGCCUGAGUGCACUCCUGUCUACGUUCAGUAUUUUGUUAAAUUCUUCAUUAUUGGUGUUACUGUGCUCGUGGUUGCUGUUCCUGAGGGACUCCCACUUGCUGUCACUAUUUCUCUGGCUUAUUCUGUAAAGAAAAUGAUGAGGGAUAACAACCUGGUGAGGCACCUGGACGCCUGUGAGACCAUGGGCAACGCCACGGCCAUCUGCUCGGACAAGACGGGCACGCUGACCACCAACCGCAUGACCGUGGUGCAGGCCUACGUGGGCGACGUCCACUACAAGGAGAUCCCCGACCCCGACUCCAUCCCUGCCAAAACCAUGGAGCUGCUGGUCAAUGCAAUUGCCAUCAACAGCGCUUACACUACAAAAAUUCUGCCACCAGAAAAAGAGGGCGGGCUGCCCCGCCAGGUGGGCAAUAAGACAGAGUGUGGCCUCUUGGGCUUUGUCCUGGAUCUGAAGCAGGAUUACGAGCCCGUCCGGAGCCUCAUCCCCGAGGAGAAGCUCUACAAAGUUUACACCUUCAACUCCGUCAGGAAGUCCAUGAGCACGGUCAUUAAAAUGCCGGACGGAAGCUUCCGCAUGUACAGCAAAGGAGCCUCCGAGAUUGUUCUCAAGAAGUGUUCCAGGAUCCUCAACGCAGCUGGGGAGCCUCGGAUCUUCAGGCCCCGCGACAGGGACGAGAUGGUGAAGAAAGUGAUUGAGCCCAUGGCCUGUGAUGGGCUGAGAACCAUCUGUGUGGCUUUCAGAGACUUCCCCAGCAGCCCUGAGCCUGACUGGGACAACGAGAAUGACAUCUUAUCUGACCUGACCUGCAUCUGUGUCGUUGGCAUUGAAGACCCAGUAAGGCCAGAGGUGCCAGAAGCCAUCCGGAAGUGCCAGCGAGCCGGGAUCACCGUGCGCAUGGUCACCGGGGACAACAUCAACACUGCGCGUGCCAUCGCCAUCAAAUGUGGCAUCAUCCACCCAGGAGAGGACUUCCUCUGCCUCGAGGGGAAGGAGUUCAACAGGAGGAUCCGAAAUGAGAAGGGAGAGAUCGAGCAGGAGCGGAUUGACAAAAUCUGGCCAAAGCUCCGGGUGCUUGCUCGCUCUUCCCCCACGGACAAACACACUUUGGUGAAAGGUAUUAUUGACAGCACACAGGUGGAACAGAGGCAGGUGGUAGCUGUGACUGGGGAUGGAACCAACGAUGGACCAGCACUUAAAAAAGCUGAUGUUGGCUUUGCAAUGGGCAUCGCUGGCACGGACGUGGCCAAGGAGGCCUCGGACAUCAUCCUGACGGACGACAACUUCAGCAGCAUCGUCAAGGCCGUCAUGUGGGGCCGCAACGUCUACGACAGCAUCUCCAAGUUCCUGCAGUUCCAGCUGACUGUCAACAUCGUGGCCGUCAUCGUGGCCUUCACCGGAGCCUGCAUCACCCAGGACUCUCCCCUGAAGGCCGUGCAGAUGCUGUGGGUGAACCUGAUCAUGGACACGUUCGCCUCGCUGGCGCUGGCCACGGAGCCGCCGUCGGAGUCGCUGCUGCUGCGCAAACCCUACGGCCGCAACAAGCCGCUCAUCUCCCGCACCAUGAUGAAGAACAUCCUGGGCCACGCUGUCUACCAGCUCACCCUCAUCUUCACCCUGCUCUUUGUCGGUGAGAAAAUGUUUAAGAUCGACAGUGGGAGGAACGCCCCGCUUCACUCUCCUCCUUCUGAGCACUACACCAUCAUCUUCAACACCUUUGUCAUGAUGCAGCUCUUCAACGAGAUCAACGCCCGCAAGAUCCACGGCGAGAGGAACGUCUUCGACGGCAUCUUCAGAAAUCCCAUUUUUUGCACUAUUGUCCUGGGUACAUUCGCUAUCCAGAUAGUAAUUGUCCAGUUUGGAGGAAAACCAUUCAGCUGCUCUCCCCUGCAGCUGGACCAGUGGAUGUGGUGUGUAUUUAUUGGAUUAGGAGAGCUGGUGUGGGGUCAGGUCAUUGCAACCAUCCCAACAAGUAGGCUAAAGUUUUUAAAGGAGGCAGGGAGGCUGACUGAGAAGGAGGAGGUCCCUGAGGAAGAGCUCAAUGAGGAUGUUGAAGAAAUAGAUCAUGCAGAGAGAGAGCUCCGACGUGGACAAAUCCUCUGGUUCCGAGGGCUCAACAGAAUCCAAACCCAGAUCCGCGUCGUGAAGGCAUUCCGUAGCUCUCUCUAUGAAGGUUUAGAAAAACCAGAAUCUAGAACCUCUAUUCACAACUUUAUGACUCAUCCUGAAUUUAGGAUAGAAGAUUCCCAGCCCCACAUCCCACUCAUUGAUGACACAGACCUAGAAGAAGACCCUGCUCUCAAGAAAAACUCGAGUCCACCGUCCUCGCUGAACAAGAACAACAGUGCUAUCGACAGUGGAAUCAAUCUUACAACUGAUACAAGUAAAUCAGCUACCUCUUCUAGUCCAGGAAGCCCAAUACAUAGCCUGGAGACAUCACUUUAGCUGAAAAGGUCACUGCAAAAAAAAAAAAAAAAAGAAAAAGAAAAAAAUGAAAUAGAAAAAGUUAAAGUAAAAUAAAAUAAGAAACCCCACAGCAACCGAGAUAUAUAAAUAUAUAUAUUAAAAACAUUGCUGGCUGAAAAGCUGUUUGAACUCUUAUUCACUCUGAGACAAGUGAAUGAAUUGUUGAUCACAAUGGUUUUGGGGAAAGAAUGAAUGGCUGAUUUACAUACCCCCAGUUCCCUUUCAGAAAAACAAAAACAAAAAAAAAUCCUCCUGCAUGAAUGUACUGUACACUGCUGGCCCUUCUUUCUCUCUUUUUGUUCGUUUUUAUUUCCUUUUUAUUUUGGUUUUUUUUUUUGGUUUGUUUGUUUGGUUUUUUUCCUCCUUAAGCAGGAACUGCAGAGGACUUCUUUCUGAGGCUAUUUAUCCAAUUCACUGGUCUGUGAGUUUUUUGAAAUGCUUGUGUGGCAUGGACUCAAUUGUAUAGAUUAAUUUAAAUAACUUUUUUGAAGUUGCAAAGCUUAACUUGCACAGUAGAUUUGCACCAGUUGGACAGAGGAACUUAAACAUUUAUGAGACUAUAUAUAGAGAUAUAUACAUAUAAGUAUAUAGAUAAUUAAUUAUAUAUAUGUAUAUAUCUAUCUAUAUAUAUAUAGUUAUAUAUAUAUAAAGUUUCUUUGUUGGCAUGUUGCCUUGUUUCUGCUCAAAUUGCUCUGACUAUUUUAACUUAUUUAUGUCCUAAAAAAGAAUGUAAUUUGUUUACAAACCUGUAGAUAAUAUCCUUAACUAUUUGUAGGGUUAAGAAAGCACUUCCUGCCGAAGUAGUAUAAAAAUGGCUCAGCUCAGCUCAUUGAAAAUGUCUGUACUCUUGCACCCUGGAUAUUUUAUUACAACCGUGCUCUGAUUUCUGCCUGAUUUCUUUUGGGUUUUUUUCCUUUUAUUUUCUUUUUAUUUUCUUUUUUUUGUUAAUAAUGUAGAUACUGCUAGUAAAUAACAAAAGAAGCCAAAAUAUAACACAUUGGAUGUAGCAUUGUGAUCCUAUAUACAGGGAGGUAAACCAGGCUUCCUUUGUUUCAAAUAAAAAUCAAAAUGAUCAGGUUCUCUCCUUUUUUUUUUUUCCUUCCUUCCCUCUGAUAAUCUGCUUGAACUCGUUUUGGUGCAACAUACAAUAAUGGAGGCUAUUUCAUUCUUUAGACAUACAGCAAUGGCUUCAAAAACUAUUUUUAGAGAGACAUUAAAUGAGUUUAUAAUUUAAAAUAAGUUAUAUUUGGUUUGUCUAUAUGGAGAUAAAACAGAUGUUAAAAUCUUGUGAUAUACUGUGUUAAUCCUUUUCAAUUAGUACUUUAGGCAUUUAUUUCCUUCUUAUUUGCAAAGUAUGGGCUGUUGGCAUUUUGGAUGAAAAUCACUGUAGGUUAUUGCUUUGAUUUUAUUUUUUUUUUAAGAAAAAAUAUAAUUUCUGCACUAUUAGGACUGAACCAAUCUUUAUUAAUUGUGUAUUGAGAUGUGCUUUGUGUGAUUUUUUUUUUUUUCUAACCGAGCUUGUGUUCCUGUAGUAACACAGUAAUACAUUAUUUUACCUUGAGCUUUCUACCUAGAAAGCUGCUUUGAAAACCUGCAGUAUGGAAGGUGGAAAACAUUUUUCAAGAUGGUAACAGCCCUAAAGCCGUAAAAAAUUAUGAGCUUAUACAAUUGCUAUGUCAACCACUUGAAUGCUAAGCACUUUGUGGAUCACAGAUUUUUCAUAAAUAAUUUUUGUAUUUAAUAUAAAGUUUGCUUGGAGACUUUUCAGCAUAUGAUUUUUUUUCCAUAACUGUACAGUGCAAAAGACAUUUGGAAUUACACAGUCGAUUAUGCCAGGCGUGUUGGAACAAAACACCCUCCAACCAUCUCGGUCAAUUGAGUUGUUAAGGUGUUUUUCUGGUUGUCUUAAAGUUGGCUCCAUGCAGUGGUGCAUCUCUGCAGUCACAGCAGCUUAACCAAGCCAGAACUCUCCAAACCAAGCUUAGACUCAUGGCCAAACUGCAGACUGAACCCAGAUGUUUUCAGGGUGCAUCAGGACUAUCAGCCAGGUAAAGCUCUCAGCAGCUUCCCCUGCCAGCUGCCGGACUCUGGGGUAGGAGCUGCUGUGCUUUUGGCUCAGCCUUGGCUCCGUGGUGCAGGCUGAGGCCAGCAGGGUGGCCCAGGUGGGCAGGAGCCCCUCGCUGUGGCAGCUGGCUGGCAGCAGCCAGGGCUGGGCACCCAGCAGGACGGUGCUCUGUAAAUCGCUGAUUCCCCCUGUACACCACGGAUGGGCUCUUGGGGCCUGCUUGGGAUCUCUGGCCAGAAGACAAAAGUGGUAUCUAUUUACAGGGAAGCCUCUAGCUUUGGACUUGAACAUCUACAGAAGCUAUUAAUACUGGAACAGUUUCUUUUCAGCAUCUUAACACACUGACUGUUUGCCUUUUUGUUUCCAAACGCUCUCCAUGUUUUUUCCAUUUUAUUUUUAUUUUUUUCGAUUUUUUUUCCUGUAGGAGUACCCCUCCCUAAGGUACCAUUUGCAGACUUGAAAACUGUUAAGAAAACGAACACUGCAUUCUGUGUAUAUAUAGUAAAACAUAUAUAAACUGAGAUGCAUAGAAAACUUGGGCUUUUGUGAGCAGAGACUGUGCUUUAUGUAUAUGAUAAAUGAUAGACUUUUUUUUUGGGUUUUUUUUGUUUUUUUAAAGCAGAAUAGCUAUGACCUUUCAACUACGAGUCGUGCAUCACAAUUCCUUUCUUUUAUUGCUUGACCUCUCUGUGAUGGGAACAAUGGAUCAAAAACCAAAAUGAUCAGUUUGUUAAAAUUCCCUGCAAUAUAUAAAUGCUCGCUCUCUACGUACUGUACUUAGCAGCAUGAGAUUUGUGGACAACAAUACAGUGGUACAUUGGCAAUCCAUCCCACUAGGGGUUAUUAAUAUAUGUUCAUUCAUCUGUUUUUAUGAAUUUUUUUAUCUAGACAAUAAUUGUAAAUAAAGAACUUACUCUGUCUGUUCAUUUAAUACUAUGCAAAAGGUUAUGCUUUCUAUUGUUAUUCUUAUUCCUACAGUGUGAUGCUGGAAUGUUUGUGGUUUCAAAAAAAAAACAAACAAAAAAGACAAAAGUAAGUAAAAUAUGUGAUGUAAAUUAUUUUAUAGUUUGAAACAAAAUGAUAAAGUUUUACUCUUGCUGCUUUCUGUCUAAUAGAUCUCUCUUGGCAGGAGCACAAGUGGAAAAUUUAAAGAAAUAAAUUCACAAAGCAGCAUGAACAAUAA